CAUCCUCUCCUCAUUUCACAGAAAGGCCAAAAAACUCCAUGGCUUCUUUUCUAAUACCAUCUCUAUCCUUUCUCUCUCCUUCUCUUCCUCCUCCUCCUUCUCUUCCAUUCCUUCUCUCCAAUAACAUCUCUCCAACACCCAGAACUUGGAAUCUCAAAUCCCACACGCCCUCUCUUCACAGAUGGAAUCCCUCAAGGAGAAAUCUCAUCCGUGGAUUGGCUGUCGAUGGGAGCUCGGUCCUCGAGCCCCCGCCGCCACCGCCUCCUGAAUUCAAGGAACCGUCACCCAAGGCUGUUGCUUUUUUGAAGCUGAAACUGCUGAGUGCUGUUUCUGGACUGAACAGAGGUCUUGCCGCGAGUGAGGAAGAUUUGAAAAGGGCAGAUUCAGCUGCCAAGGAGCUCGAAGCUGUUGCAGGACUUGUCGACCUAUCCACCGAUCUUGAUAAACUCCAGGGUAGAUGGAAAUUGAUCUACAGUAGUGCAUUCUCGUCUCGUACACUUGGUGGGAGCCGGCCCGGGCCUCCCACAGGAAGGCUACUGCCCAUAACUCUGGGCCAGGUUUUCCAACGGAUCGAUAUCCUAAGCAAAGAUUUUGAUAACAUAGUGGAGCUUCAGUUAGGCACUCCAUGGCCAGUUCCACCAAUAGAAGUGACAGCCACAUUGGCUCACAAAUUCGAAAUUAUAGGAUCAGCGAAGAUAAAGAUAGUAUUCGAGAAAACGACGGUCACACCUACAGGAAGUCUCUCACAGUUGCCACCAAUUGAGCUGCCUCGUCUUCCAGAUGCAUUAAGGCCUCCAUCCAAUAGGGGAAGCGGUGAUUUUGAAGUUACGUAUGUUGAUGAGGGUACCCGCAUCACAAGGGGUGACAGGGGAGAGCUAAGGGUGUUUGUUGUCUCCUAAAUUCAAUCCAAUACAAUCUUUUUUGUUUUGUUUUGUUUUUUUGUUUUUUUCCCUUCGAUGAAAUUCUUAUGUUUGUGUAGUUUAUUUAUUGUAAUAGCCUGAGAACUUACGUGUAAUGCACAGCUAUGAAAGAUUACCACGGAAAUCAGUAAAUGUUGAAAUGCA